UACAACGAAGAUUUUGAUGAGGUUAUGGAAUAUUACGACAAACAAUUUGUACCUACCGUGGUAGUUGCCGAACAAAAGACAUUAAGGACACGAUACGUGAAUCAUUCGUCGAGUAUAAAAGUAUUAGAAAAUCAUUCGCUUAAAAAGCAACGAUUCUGUACCGACGAAGAUGAUAGUGGACGGCCAUUAUCUUCAAAAGACAUCACUUCGAUCGUUGAUUCUCGGAGUGAAGUGGAUUCAUGUGUCAAGAGAAGGCUUAUUAUCGAUUCACUCAAAGCUUCCACAAAAACUCAAGAGGCCGAGGAUGAAUUUAUCAUGGUAGCGUCUGAAGGAAAUGAUUUCCCUUAUUCGAAAUCCCCUUUGGCGAACAAUGUUACUAAUAAAGGAUUAGAGGCGCUCUCGGAAAAAGAAUCAGAUGAUGAAUCAGUGAUUGUCGUUAAUCCUUGCACUGGGGAAGAGGAAUAUUGGACUCCCAAGCCUGUUGGACAACCGUCACUCUCGGUAUCUAGGAAUUAUUCAAAUAUUGUCAAAAAACGUGCUUUAUCCUAUGGAGAAAAUCGUGGAUAUGCGUCGCCCAUAGUUCCCGUUUCACCCGAUAAAAUCGAUCCUUCAUGCUCUCCCUCGAACGCCGCAUCCCAGGAAGCAAAUUUCUUGUCAUCAACUUCAUCGUCUAUUCAAAUCUCUCCAGAUUCAAAUUCCAUUUGUGAUUCGGAUUCUACUUUAUCCUGCAACGCGUCUCCGUCCUCCGAUACCCAUUGCGAUUUUCCUCCAAAGAAAUCUAAUAUUCUCUUUAAAACUUCUCCAUGGACACCCGAUGAAGACAAGCUACUUAUUGACGCGGUAUUGGAGAAUCUAUCACCACCUUGGACUCAUAUUUCAAGAAAUACGAUCCAAAAUAGAUCUGACGAUUCUUGUCGACAUCGUUGGGCAAGAUUAAGAAAGAGACUAUAUGGCAGCGCUUAA